AUGGGAACAGUGAGCUGUCGGCAGGGGCAACAUGCCCCGGUGGCUGCUUCUCAUAAGCAGGGUGGCAACGUCCGGGGUCCCGGGGUCCGAGGCUGGAAGAGCCUCUGGUCAGGUGUGGGGACUACCAGGUCAGGCGCGGAAGAGCUGUGGGGACUACGGGCGCAUCAGUGCCCACGCCAGGAGCCCCUGCGGCCGGCCCCGCUGCUAAUAGAGAAGCCUCUGUCUGAGUGGCCAGUGCCUCAGUUCGUCAGCCUUUUUCUGCCGGAGUUCCCCAUUAGGCCCCUUAAGGGGCAUCACCAGCUGAAGGUAGGUCAGUCCCUGGAAGGGGUCUCAGUCUUGGGGAGACAUCUAGGAAUGGCCAGAGUUUCAAUUAUGCUAUUUCUCCAUUUCUCUGUACAGAUUUUAGGCCUUGUGGCUAAAGGCUCCUUCGGAACGGUCCUCAAGGUGAUAGACUGUGGCCAGAAAGCAGUAUUUGCAGUGAAGGUGGUGCCCAAGGUAAAGGUCCUACAGAGGGACAUCCUGAGGCAGUGCAAAGAGGAGGUUAGCAUCCAGCGACAGAUCAACCAUCCUUUUGUACACGGUUUGGGGGACAGCUGGCAGGGAAAACGGCACCUCUUCAUUAUGUGCAGCUACUGCAGUACAGAUCUUCACUCCCUGUGGUCCUCUGUUGGCUGCUUUGCUGAGGCCUCCAUCCGCCUCUUUGCUGCUGAACUGGUUCUGGUGCUGUGCUACCUCCAUGAUUUGGGCAUCAUCCAUCGAGAUGUGAAGAUGGAGAAUAUCCUUCUGGAUGAACGAGGCCAUCUGAAACUGACAGACUUUGGUCUGUCCCGCCACCUGCCCCAGGGAACCCGAGCCUAUACUAUCUGUGGCACUCUUCAAUACAUGGCCCCAGAGGUCCUGAGUGGAGGGCCUUACAACCAUGCUGCUGAUUGGUGGUCCCUGGGUGUCUUGCUUUUCUCUCUGGCAACUGGGAAGUUCCCAGUGGCUGCAGAGAGAGAUCAUGUGGCCAUGUUGGCAAGUGUGACCCACUAUGAUUUUGAGAUCCCAGCUUCUCUUAACCAGGGGCUCUCACUCCUGCUCCAUGAGCUUUUAUGCCAGAAUCCCCUCCAUCGUCUGCGUUACUUGCAUCACUUCCAGGUCCACCCUUUCUUUCGGGGUGUGGCCUUUGACCCAGAGCUCCUACGGAAGCAGCCAGUGAACUUUGUCAUGGAGACACAAGCUACCCAGCCCAGUCCAUCGGAGUCCAUGCUUUUCAAGGAUUUUGACUGUAACCUGGAGUCCUACCUGGUCCAUCCCAGCCUUGCUUGAGCCCCUCUACUGUAGAUUUGGGCCCAUCUGGGAACCUGAGGAUUUCCUCCACUGCCAACUCAGUAUGACCACUUUGAUGAUCCAGUUUGUUUUUAAUAUGUAGCCUCUUAACCAUUCUGUUCUACUUGUUGGGCCAGAGUUCAAAUCUUGGCCCGACCCCUCCCCACCCCCAGUACAACCCACCUCUCAAAUCAACAUCUCGGAUCAGAGUGUUGACCUUUUCCUUUGCUUCAUUUCUCCAAUGCUCAUACCCUGAAGCUUUCAGCCAGAGGCUUAUUCUACUUUUCCCAUUCCUUGUCUCUCUGCUAUAUUUCUUUUUUAUUAUUAUUAGAGGGCGGAGGGGCAGAAGGAGACAGAAUCUUAAUCAGGCUCCAUGCCCAGUGCAGAGCCUGAUGUGGGGCUCAAUCUCACAACCCUGAGAUCAUGAUCUGAGCCAAAAUAAAGAGUUGGAUGCUUAACUGACUGAGCCACCCAGGUGCCCCUGCCAUAUUUCCUUUCUUGAGCAAUAAUGACACUUCAUGGGGUCUCAAGGUGCUAUUUAUGUGUUUUUAAUAGGCUUGUUAGAAGCAGUAUGAAUGUUUUUCAAAGGUCUCAUAAGCUGGCAUUUUAACCCCUAAAUAUGCAGCUAAAACAUACCAUCUGGGGGCUGAAAGCCAGUCUGUAAUAAAUCUAAUUUUUAAAAAUUUCAAAAGUGAAUCUAAUAGCCUAAUGUGAGGAAAAGGAACUGAAACAAAUGUGGGUUAAAUGCUUUUUCUAGGGCUGAUUGGGAUAGCGAAUUUUUUUCCAAAACAAAAUCUCUUCAAAAGACAAGAUUCUUAAACUGAUCAUUUCCCUAGAUAGCCUAGGAUUCAGUUUCUGAUGGGCAAACCAAGGGAUUAAGAGGCGUUGACAUCAGCCUUAAGAUUUAAGAUUAGAUGUAUUUCAAGAACCUUUUCCUUUAGUAAGGAAAAUCAUCUGGACCUUAAAUUUGUAUAUAUUUCUGGCCUUUACUGACUUCAUUUUUCUUUAACUUUUCAAAACCUUCAUUUUUUAAAAAAAUUUAUGUAUUUAAGUAAUCUCUACACCCAAUGUGGGGCUAAAACUCACAAGCCCGAGAUCAAGAGUCACAUGCUCUUUUGACUGAGCCAGCCAGGGGCCCUUCAAAAUCUUCAUUUUUAUUAUUCUUCAGUUAUUUCUGAUCUCUCUUUGCAGACCAAAGAGAGUCUGGAACACCCUGUACACUUGUGUUUAUUAAUUCUGUUCCCUGGAUUAAGCCAGAUUUUCCCUGUACAUAGCUGGCAUUUUAUUGGCCUCUGCAAAAUUGCUUUUUCUGGAUUGUACUUUGGCAAUCUGUAGGAAAAUCCCUAUGAAAUUUAAUUGCUAUGGAUAUACUGUGAAGGGUGUUCACUAUAAUUCAUAAUGUUCUAUAUAAGGAUGCAUGGGAGAAAUUUCCUCUGGACCCAACUGCUUUUCCUGAAUCGCUGUCUGGUUUUACCUUAAAGACACUAAAUAUUCAACAGACUGUAUUUUUCUCUUCAUAUCAAUGCUAGGCCACUUAGAGCCUAAUUUGCAGUCCACUUCCAGCAAGUGUUUAGGACUUCAUGUUGUCUAUUUUGUAUGCUAGCCACAUUCUUGGUUCCAUCUUCCUUUUCUGCCUUUAUUUUCUUUUUAUUAUCUGCAUCUUUGCAAGCCUUUUUGGAACAAGGUUGGGAUAUACAUGAAUAAAUAAAUGUAACAUUAAUCCUUUUGAUUAUCUCAUUUGUUUCUCUUUAGAUACUUUUUUAGCUUUAUUACAUUUUUUUUUUUAAAGUUGUAGUGACCAGAACUGCAUAUUGGAUAAAAACUCUGAAUACUACAAAUAGGAAUUAAUGGUUUCUAAAGUAGUUACGAGUAUUAGACUGGUGCUUAGAUCCACCAAUAACUAUCUCAGAGUCUUUACACAAGUUAUUUUAACUUCCCUGGAUCUUAGUUUCCUAUAUAUAAAAAUGAGGGGGUUAUAAUCACUCGUUCUUGGUUGUGGCCGGGGGGGGCUUCUGAGUUCUGUGAUGCUUUUUCAAAGGGCAGAUGUGGAUGAUUUUAUGAUACUAGUCCAGUGUCUGGUCCAGUGUUAAUUAAUAUUCAGGUCACCUGACAUUAUAUAGUCUCUCUGGUCACAGCAGCAUAUUGGGUUAAGGUCUUUUGGACAUGGUCGAGAUGUCACUAGGGUCCCUUUCUUAGGAAAUAUUAGGUAGCUUUGGGACCAUAAUAGUUUGAAUCAUUUAUCAAAUGUGGACAUUUUUAAUGCACUCUAUUCAAAUCAGUGGGGCACUAUAGCAGUGAUUCUCAGGGUGGAGUAGAGGGGGGACAGAAAAUCAAUGUUUCAGAAAGUAUAAUUUGAAAAAGCACCAUCUUCACCCCUCAGUUUUGAUAUGUUCAUCCCUGGAAGGCAUUCUUUCCUGCCAUCCUCCACCCCCAUUUAGAAUCAUUGACUUAUAAAUACAAUACCUUUUAUUUAUCCACAUGAAAUUCACUUAAAAAAUACUUUUAUAUACAACCUGGUAUCUUUUAAGUUUAACUCUAUGCUUUUUCAUUACCUAGAAGAAAUCAGAUAUACCUAUCAGUAUGGAUAUUUUAUGCUGUACUCCCUUCUAUCUUUUCUAAGAAUGUAAGAUUAGUCUUAACACCAAUGCUUAUAUUCUUCUAGAAAAGUGUCUUUGUAGUUCUACUCAUUGUUUCUUACAUCUGAGUUUCUUUACCAUAUAUCGAUUUGUUCAUUUGUUCAUUAAUUUAACAAAUUGGUAAUCAUAAUUCCUUAGUUACUUCUUUAAAUAGUCUUCAAUGUAAAAAUCUUGUCAAAGCUUUUUCAAAAUAAAAUCAUAUUCACUGCAUUAUUAAUCCUGUUACGAGCUGAAUUGUGUCUCCACUGCACUCCCCCUCCCGCUU